AUGCCAUUUAGACUUUUUUCUAAGAAAGAUAUAGAUUUGUUUCCUCCUUUCUUAACAAAAGGGGAUGGAUGGGUUUUCUCUGUUAGAAGGUUCUAUUUGCAAACAAGUGAGAUUAUUUCAUCUUGUAUUGGAAUAAUGAUUUUUGUGAAUUUCAUUUUUUUUUGUGGAAAACAAGAUGAAGUUGAUAUGAGAUUUAGAAUAAUUAAUUUUAUCCUCAGCUUUGCAAUAACAAUAGAUUUUCUAAUUAAAUAUAAAUUCAUAAACAAACUAUAUUUGAAUAGACAUUAUUAUGGUAUAAACAAAUGACUAAUUAGGUGUGGGAUUUAUGAUAAUUGAUAUAAUUAGUGGUCCUUUGUGUCUAGUUCUUAAUAUUUAUUUUGCAAUCGUAACUGUAGAAGUUGCUAUAACUAUUUCCGAUAUAAUGUUACUAUUACGUAUAUUCUGUUUAGAAAAAAUUAGGUAAGACUAUUUUGAUUAAUAUUUUAGAUUAUUGAUAAAGGAUGUAUUUUACAUUUUAUAUGUAUCUAGAUACAUCAACUUUGCACUUCUUCUUACAUAUUAUGUUUAUAGUUAUAUUGCUUAUUCUAUUUUCCAGGAAAUUAGUCCUAAGUUUUUUAGAAAUAUUUUUAAGUCAAUGUUGUCAAUGUUUUAAGUUUUAACAUUAGAUAGUUGGAAUUUAUAAGUUAAUUAAUCAGUUUCAAAAUAUUAUGGAUAAGCUUGGAGCAUAUUUUUCCUGUUUUUCAUUUUAUUCAUGUUUUUUUAUUUUAUCAAUUUAUUAUUGGGAGCAUUUGUGAGUUAUUAUUCAAAUCCUACUUUAAGAAGAAACUUUUAAUAUGAUUUUCAACAUGAUGAUGUUCUAAAUUAAGAUUUGAAUUUAGAAUAUAGACAUUCAAUAGAAAUAAGAGAUGCAUUGAAAUUAUUAGAUAUGGAUUAAACUCCUUAUUAAUUAAAUCGUAAAUCUUGGGGAUUGAAUGAAUCAGAAGUAUCAAUCUACCUUUAUAUAUCAUUAUAAAUACUACUAUCUAUGGUGUAAUUAUUUAGUGAUUUACGUUAAAUAAAUUAUGCAUAAAUAGUGAUAGAGAAUAUAUUUGGGAUAUAUUUUUGUAUUUUAUGUUACUAGAAGAUACUUCAAUUCAAAUAAUUUAUCAAUGAAUAAAGGAGUUAAUUUGAAGAGAAAUUUCAAGAUGAAACAUAAAUAAGAAAUGAAGAAUAUUCAGUAAGAUUAUAUGUAGUAAUAAUCUUGUUGAUUGCAGGUCCAAUAGCAACAAUAGUAGACAUAAUUUCAUUAUCUAUUUAUUAAGAUAUAAGAUUUGGGCCAAUGUUAAGAGUUUUAAUAGUACUUGCUAUUCUCUAUGUGCAAAAGUUACUAUUCAAAUUCGUUGAAGUAUUGCCUGGAGUCAGUCAUAUUAUAAUUUUUGUAGGAGGCCUAUUAUUUACUAUGGCUUUGAUUGGACAUUAAUUUAUUAAAGUUGAUGUAGGUUAUCCAUUAUUUGAUUCUUUAACUUAAUCUUAUUUAUUCAUGUUGUAAGUAGUGACUUUUGAUAGUUGGGGAGAUGUAGCCAGAAUAAUUAUAAGACAUCAAGCUAUUUAUGUGUUUUACUUUUUAUUUUUGACUAUUUUUAUAGGAUUCUUUUUAAUGAAUAUGUUAGUAGGAGUAAUGGCUACAAUGACUUAACCAAAAACAUAAGAAUUGUUUGAGAAAGAUCAUAUACUAAGAUAGAGAGUCAAUGAAUUAUAGGUUAGAUAAUUAAGUGAACAUAUAUAAUAAGUAAGAUUAAUAAUAUUUUUUAUAGUUUAAAGGACAUGAGUAGAAUUAAAAUAAUUAAUUAAAAUAAAUAUUAGAUGAGUUCAAUUCUUCUAGGAAUACAUAACCUCUCUAUAUUAUAAUUGAAGGAGUGAAGUAUGAAAUAACAACAAAAAACUUCAUUUAAUUUUAAGGUGAUUGA